GUACGACACACCAUACAUCAAUAAAAUGCAUCAAACACAGAAAUCCAACAAGGACAUCUAGAGUAUAUCUUCAAUGCUUCGUCAACAAAUGCCCAUCGAUCGCCCAAUUCCUUCAUUUUAUGGUUGCUACCUUCUGCGUUCAACCAUUCGACAUAGUGCUUUAUAUGUUGGUUCCACUCCCAAUCCAGUCAGACGACUCCGGCAGCAUAAUGGAUUGGUAAAGGGUGGUGCCGUGAGAACAAGUCGAGGUAAUUUGAGACCGUGGGAAAUGGCGUGUAUCGUUACCGGGUUUCCUACUUCCAUUGCCGCUCUACAAUUUGAAUGGGCCUGGCAAAAUCCACACAUAACUCUUCACAUCCCACCAUCGUCACGAAUUUCACAUGCAACUCAAAAGAAACGAUCAGGACAUCCAAAAAGACCUCGACAUACCCUGCAAUCACUCUUAUCAAAUCUACAUAUUUUACUUACUGUUCCAUCAUUUUCACGAUGGCCAUUAGAAAUAAAAUUCUUUGCACCAGACGUCCAUAGAGCUUGGCUUAAAUGGUCGAAAGCCGCCACCGGAUCUCUGAGGGAUACUUUGCCUAUCAUCACCGAUUUUCCCCCAGCGGAAUCACAAGUGAAUGAUGAGGAUGGGGAGAUAACAGACCGACCCUAUGGAAUUGAAGCUUUGAACGUAGCCUAUGAGGACACCAAAUCGCAUUUGGAGAAGGGGGAACGAAUAUUUCACUCGGAGAUGAAAGAAUCUUGCAACAUUUGCAACCAAGACCUUCAACACAACUCGGGUCUCUACACCAUUUGUCCGAAUAUCAAUUGUCAUUCUAUCACUCACAUGACAUGCUUGAGUCAACAUUUUCUUCGGGCCGAGAAGAAUGAGCAAUCGGGUGAAGAAUUGAUUCCUGUUCAAGGGAUGUGUCCUGGCUGUCGGAUGGACAUUCGAUGGAACGAUGUGGUGAAAGAAUUAUCUCUUCGGAUGAGAGGUCAAAAGGUUGUGGAGAAAUUGUUGGGAGCGAAAAGAGUAAAGAAGGGAAAGGGCAUUGCAACGUCUCAGGAAGUUGUGGAAUCUGAGGGUGACGAGGAGGAAGAAGAGGAGGAGGAGAAGGAACAAGAAUUGGUGGACUACUUUGACGCAGAUGAAUUCCAUGCACGAAAUGUCGCCCAAGAGGAAAAUGGUUUCGUGGAUUAUCUCGAUGACGACGACUCCGAUGCUGUGUCUAAUAUCAGUAUGGAAAGCAGCAAAUCACCAAAGCGAAAGAGGACAAUCGGCCCUUUUAGCAAAGCAAAGCUUAUUGCUGUUAUUGAGGACAGCGAUGUGGAUGAAGAGAUUGAAGGAGAAGAAUUGGAGCGAUGAAGGGAUGAAGGGAUUUGGAUAGGGUUUCGUUUAUCUCUGGAAUAAUCCACUUUGAUACAUGAUAGCCAAUUCUUCGGUGUAGUACGUUGAUGAGAUUGAAAUUGAAAUUGAAAUUGACAUUGACAUUGAUGUGCACGUGAAUUGACUGGAUUCGACCAUCGAGAUAUAGCCAGUAGAUAGCGAAAAACAAAGGAAUCACGAUGUGCGGAUGAGAGAAUAGGAAUUGGGGACUAGACAUGUCGUAGGUUCUUGGAUGCGGCAGAUUGAAAGGAGAAGUAGAAGACUCUUCCUUCCAUACUGCGAUCAUCUGUGUGUUCGAUAUCGGAUGUCUAGCGUCUUAUUAUUAUAUCUCAUGCGGCGGUGAAUCAAUUCCA